AUGAAAAUGGGAAAAGUUUUCCUGUUUGCUGUUUUGCUGGCCGUGUUCAUCGGUGUCGCAAACAGUUUAGAAAUCACAGAAAAGGAUUUGGCUUCUGAUGAAAAUUUGUGGAAUUUGUACGAAAGAUGGAGAAGUCAGCAUACUGUUUCUCGAGAUCUUACUGAGAAACAAAAACGUUUCAAUGUCUUCAAGGCCAAUGUCCAUCACAUUCAUAAGGUUAACAAGAUGGACAAGCCCUACAAGUUGAAGCUCAACAAGUUUGCUGAUAUGACCAAUCAUGAGUUCAGAGAUUUCUACAGCUCCAAGAUCAAACAUUUCAGGAUGCUCAAAGGAAGCCGCAGCGAAACUGGAUUCAUGCAUGCCAAUACUGAAAAUCCGCCGGCGUCUGUUGAUUGGAGAAAGCAAGGUGCUGUCACUGGUGUCAAGAAUCAAGGCAAAUGUGGUAGCUGUUGGGCGUUCUCGACUGUAGUUGGAGUAGAGGGAAUCAACAAGCUAAAAACUGGCCAACUAGUCUCUUUAUCUGAGCAAGAACUCGUGGACUGCGAACGCGACAAUGAAGGCUGCAAUGGAGGCCUCAUGGAAAACGCAUACGAGUUCAUUAAAAAAAGUGGAGGAAUCACAACUGAGCGCAUGUAUCCGUACACAGCAAGAGAUGGGCACUGUGAUUUGGCAAAGAUGAAUGCACCAGUUGUGACUAUUGACGGGCAUGAAAUGGUACCUGCAAACGAUGAGAAUGCCUUGAUGAAAGCCGUCGCCAAUCAGCCAGUAUCGAUCGCAAUGGAUGCAUCAGGCUCUGACUUGCAAUUCUACUCAGAGGGAGUAUUCAGUGGAGACUGCGGGAAGGAGCUUGAUCAUGGGGUGGCCAUUGUCGGGUAUGGAACGACUUUGGAUGGAACGAAAUACUGGAUAGUGAAGAACUCGUGGGGAGAGGGAUGGGGAGAACAAGGUUACAUCAGGAUGCAAAGAGGUGUUGAUGCAGCAGAAGGCCUUUGUGGGUUAGCUAUGGAGGCUUCUUAUCCUGUGAAAACAUCCUCAAACCCGACGCCAGCUCCAGGAACUAAAGAUGAACUCUAG